AGCAGGAGAGAUUACCCAGCAUCCUUGCGCGCUCCGGCUGUCGCGUGAGCACCUUCCGGGUGCUUCUGGAGCAGCCAUGGGGAAGGUAAAUGUAGCCAAGCUUCGUUACAUGAGCCGGGAAGACUUCAGGGUCUUGACCGCGGUUGAAAUGGGCAUGAAGAACCAUGAAAUAGUUCCCUGCAGUUUGAUUGCUUCAAUUGCCAGCCUGAAACAUGGCGGCUGUAAUAAAAUUUUAAGAGAAUUAGUGAAACAUAAGCUCAUAGCUUGGGAGCAUACCAAAACUGUCCAGGGAUAUCGGUUGACAAACGCAGGCUAUGAUUAUCUAGCUUUGAAAACACUUUCUUCUAGACAGGUGGUUGAGUCUGUUGGAAACCAGAUGGGCGUUGGCAAAGAAUCAGAUAUUUACAUUGUUGCAAAUGAAGAAGGACAGCAGUUUGCAUUAAAACUUCACAGACUAGGAAGGACCUCCUUCAGAAAUCUGAAAAACAAGCGUGAUUACCAUAAGCACAGGCAUAAUGUUUCUUGGCUUUAUUUGUCUCGUCUCUCUGCCAUGAAGGAAUUUGCUUAUAUGAAGGCUUUACACGAUAGAAAGUUUCCAGUUCCAAAGCCAGUUGAUUACAAUCGUCAUGCAGUGGUCAUGGAACUCAUAAGUGGUUAUCCUCUAUGUCAAAUACACCACCUUGAAGAUCCUGCAUCAGUAUAUGAUGAAGCCAUGGAACUCAUUGUCAAACUUGCAAAUCAUGGUCUGAUUCAUGGAGAUUUCAAUGAAUUCAAUCUCAUAUUGGAUAAAGAUGACCAUAUCACCAUGAUUGAUUUUCCACAGAUGGUUUCAACUUCUCAUCACAAUGCUGAAUGGUAUUUUGACAGAGAUGUUAAAUGCAUCAGAGAUUUCUUCAUGAGACGUUUUGGCUAUGAAAGUGAGCUUUAUCCAGUCUUUAGUGAUAUCAGGAGGGAAGAUUCUCUUGAUGUUGAGGUUUCUGCCAGUGGUUAUACGAAGGAAAUGCAGGCAGAUGAUGAACUCCUACAUCCAGCAGGUCCAGAUGAUAAAAUCACUGAAAUGGAGGGAUCCAGUUUCUCCUUUUCUGAUGAUGAGGUAUCAGAAAAAGCAAAAGUUUGUAGGUCAGAAGUUGAAAGUGAACAGAAUACUGUCGAAUCAAGAGGCUGCUACUCCAGCUCAUUUGGAGACCGUGAACAGACAGAAGGAGACAGCUUAGAAGAGAGUGUCAAUGCACACAGUUUUGAAAUGACUGAAUUCAAUCAACCUUUAGAAGAAGUAAAAGGGCAGAUUGUUGAAAAUAGUUGUACAACUGAGUUUUCUGAGGAGAACUCAACUGAAAAUGACACCAUGCAAGAAGACCAGACAGGUGAGGGAGGAAGCCCUGCUGGCUCUGAGGAGGAAGAAGAUGACUGCCCUCAUCUCAUUAACCUGCCAUCAUUAAACAAAGAAUUCAGGGCUUUCAGAGAUCAAGAAAACGUGGGAAAUAUCGAUCCGUAUAGAACAAGAACGCUGAGUAUUACUUCUGCAGGCAGCGUUGUAAGCUGUUCAACAAUUCCUCCAGAAUUGGUAAAACAGAAGGUGAAACGUCAGUUAACAAAACAGCAAAAAUCAGCUGUCAGACGUCGACUACAGAAAGGAGAAGCAAAUAUAUUUACUAAGCAACGGAGAGAAAACAUCCAAAAUAUUAAAUCAAGUUUGGAAGCAUCCAGCUUUUGGGGAGACUAAUAUAUUGCUUAAGAUAUUAGAUAUUUCUGUUACAUAUUUUUUCAAGUUACUCUUAUUUUCAGCACCUUUAGUCUGUUUUGGACCAAGGUCAGUACAUAAGUAAAUAAAUAAACUCAUUCUCAAUGUACAAUGUGGUGGUUAAUCAUCAUUGGGUCAACUUGUCUUGGAACUGCCCAGGGCAUUGGUGAGGCAGACUUCUGGGUGUGUCUGGGCGUUUCAUGGAGGCAUGACUUUGGCGUGUGUAUCUCAUCCCUCACCCCUUCCUCUCUGAUGUACUGCUCUCCUUUGCUUCUCUGUUGCCAUGAACUGAGCUUUGCACCACUCUACCUGACUGCACAGUGUUUGUGCUUUGGCGUGUGAUGAUCAUGGACUGAAUCCUCUGAAACCAUGAGCCAAAUUAAACCUCUCAUUUAAGUUGUGAGUGUUAAGUCUUGUGUCUAGCAGCAAGAAAGCUAAACAGAAAAAUUGGUACCAGGAGAGUGGUGUUUGUGGUGAUUGUACCUGACCAUGUGAUGUAGAAGCCUUGGAAACCUGUUUGCAGGAGAGAUUCGGAAAGGUUUGGAGAUGUGUGCUAGAGAAGCCAUGAAGUUCUGUAUACUGAGCCAGAUGAGUGAUUCUGGUUAGAGGUUAGAAGACCCAUAUGGAGGACCCCUGAAAUGUUACUGGAACCCUCUGCAGUGGGCUCCAGUCUCCUGCUCAGUGUAUGGUGCAGGCCUGAGGGAAUAAACUAGAAGACAGAACUAAGAGACUGAAAGUGGGACACCAGGACAACCCGUGCUGGUACACAACCAACAAAGGUGCUGGCCAGUUCAAGCCACUGAUUUUUAUUGGUAAUAAGUUGGGAUACAGGCGAGCUAUGUACAAGGGCAGAACUAUGUGUGAAGACGUGCAGUCAUGCAAUUUGUAUGGAAAUUAACCCUUGGACAAGCCAAAGCAUUCUUGAAUUAGGAGCAGAAUAGACAAUAUAUGGUAAUUAGAAUAUCAUCCUUC